AUUAUUCUUCUUCUUCUUCUUUGCAGCGGCAUCUAUGGUUAUGGUGGUGAGCGAGGCGUCUCGUCUCACUCCUCCUCCCUCGUCUCUCUACAGUGCCGACCUCCCUCCCUCGCUGCCACGCUCUGGACCUCCAGCUUGAGGAGAGAAAUGUUGGGGAAAGAGUUUGCUACUGUCUACACGAACUUAAAUUGUUUUUCACCUGACAAUGUGUCGGUUUUCCAAGACAAUGGAGCUAUAUGGGAGUUGUAACCGAACAAUUUCUCGGCGUUUCUCGGCGUGUACUUGUGCACGAUAGACAUGAUACGAGUUUGAAACACAGUGGGACGUGCAAAAACUAGUACUACUUUAGGCUUGAUCUGGACAUGCCGGAUGGAACGUCGUAGUGAUGUAAAAGACAUGGAAAGUGGAUGGUGAGGAAGAGCGCUCGUCCAAGCUGGCUCAUCUUGGCGAUAAUUGUGGGAUGUGUACUUACAAUUCUGUCUCUGAAAGGUAGCGUUCGAAGAAUCUCUGCAGGAGCAUAAUCGAGUAAUUCACACUUCCACAUAGUGCGCCAGAUACAGCAACAUGCUUGGAAAUCGACUGCUGUGGGGUGUGGCCAGAUCCUGCCUGCAAAGACCUACGUAUUUUUCACGGAAAUAUAUAACGCCCCACAUACACGAGGGUGUGCUAUUCAGGAGAAGGUGUUUCAGCUCGGGAUCUGGAGUAGAAGCUUCCUCCCCUCUUCAGAAGCAAGGCCAAAAUGGAAUGCUGUUCAGAGUUUUGACUUCGGGGAAAGGAAAAGUUCAAGGAAAGUCGUACCUGCUUGCAGUUGCUGCUACUGGUUGUUUCGGAGCUGGUCUUCUUGUCGCACUAGCUGAUGCAGGGCAGGAUAAUUCCUCUUCUGGUUCCGAUGAAGCUGUGUCUGCAGGAAAUUCAAGGAAACAGAAAGUUGUGAUUCUUGGAACAGGAUGGGGGGGAGUCAGUUUUCUCAAGAACCUGGACUCAUCCAAGUAUGAUGUGCGAGUUGUAUCUCCUCGCAAUUAUUUUGUUUUCACCCCCUUGCUGCCUAGUGUCACAUCUGGCACUGUGGAGGCUCGGAGUAUCACAGAGCCAAUUCGAAGGAUUAUUCGGAAGAAAGAUGUGAAAUUCCAUGAAGCUGAGUGCACAAAGAUCGAUGCAGCAAACAAGAAGGUCGUGUGCAGGGACAGCUCUGAUGUGAAAUGCGUAGGAAAGGAGGAAUUUGAGCUCGAAUACGACUAUUUGGUAGUGGCAGUCGGAGCUACUUCCAACACAUUUGGCACCAAGGGUGUUGAGGAGUACUGUCAUUUUUUGAAAGAGAUUGAAGAUGCUGAGAAGAUCCGUGGACGGAUUGUUGAUUGCUUUGAGACAGCUAGUCUACCACACCUAUCUGACGAGGACAGGCGAAAACUUCUCAGCUUUGUGAUAGUGGGUGGAGGUCCCACAGGAGUAGAAUACGCUGCUGAGCUUCAUGAUCUCAUUCAUGAAGAUCUCACCGGUUUGUAUCCAGAACUGCAGAAGAUAGUCAAGAUAACGGUAGUGCAAUCUGGUGACCAUAUCCUCAAUACGUUCGAUGGGCGUAUAAGUGAAUAUGCUGAGAAGAAAUUCGCUAGAGAAGGAAUUGAUGUGAAGAUUGGAAGCCGGGUUCUGGGUGUCAGUGAUGAAUCCAUCACUUUCAAGUCGAAAGCGACUGGCAACCUUGUGGAGAUGCCUUAUGGCAUGAUUGUUUGGUCAACAGGAAUUGGCACUCGUCCAGUGGUAGCUGACUACAUGAAACAGAUUGGGCAAACUGAUCGUAGAGUUUUAGCUACAGAUGAAUGGCUCCGUGUUAAAAACGCUGAAGGAGUUUAUGCUCUUGGAGAUUGUGCCACCAUCGAACAACGUAAAAUUGCUGAGGAUAUCGCGUACCUAUUUAAGUUGGCGGACAAGAAUGGUGACGGUACCUUGUCUGUUUCUGAGUUUGUCGACACUAUGAACAACGUCAGAGUACGUUAUCCUCAAAUUGAUCUUUACAUGGAGCGGCAGCAUAUGAAAGGGGUGGUUGGGCUCCUGAACGAUGCUAUAAAGAAGGAAAAAGAUUUGAAGCUUGAUCUUGACCAUUUCAGCGAGGCGAUCUGCAAGGUAGAUUCCCAGAUGAAAUCUACACCAGCCACGGCUCAGGUUGCUGCUCAACAAGGCGAGUAUCUUGCCCGCUCUUUCAAUCAUCUGGCGACAGAAGAUCCUGACGAAGGGCCGGUGCGCAUCAGGGGGGGUGGACGCCAUCGUUGCCAACCCUUCCUCUAUCGGCAUUUAGGCCAGUUUGCUCCUUUGGGAGGCGAAACAACUGCUGCUGAACUGCCCGGAGAUUGGGUUUCCAUUGGUCGAAGCACUCAGUGGUUAUGGUACUCUGUGUAUGCCAGCAAACAGGUGAGCUGGCGCACUCGAGCACUUGUGAUAUUUGAUUGGACCAAGCGAUUCGUGUUUGGGCGAGAUUCUUCUCGAAUGUGAUUCUUCAACUGUAUUUUAAUUGGGGAAGGGGAUAUGGCACGAAAGGUUGGGGAACCAACUAGAGCCAUGAAAAAUCCAGCUUAGUUGAUCAUUCACCUAAGCUGGAUUGCUGUUGCACCAUCAGAUAAAAACGAUGUCAAGUUUGUUGACAGUUUCCAAGGAUACCAUUUGCAAUGA